UUCCGGUCCCUGUGAGCAGGCGAGAGCGGGGCGUCGGCGCAGGAUGGCUCCGGCGGGGCUGCUGCGGGCGCUGGCGGCUCCUCUGCGCUGGGGAGCAGCUGCCCUCCCUCGCAGCUUCAUUCCGCCACCCUGGCCGGUGCUGCCACCCCCGAGCUGCCCUAUGGCCACCCUCAACCAGAUGCACCGCAAAGGCCGCCCCAAGCUGCCUCCGCCAAGGCCCGGCCCCACCAGUGGCUGCCCCCAGCUCAAAGGGGUGGUGCUGAAGACCAUGAUCCGAAAGCCCAAGAAGCCCAACUCAGCCAACCGCAAGUGCGCCCGUGUGCGGCUCAGCAACGGCAAGGAGGCCAUCUGCUUCAUCCCAGGCGAAGGGCACAACCUGCAGGAGCACAGCAUCGUCCUGGUGGAGGGCGGGAGGACGCAGGACCUGCCAGGGGUCAAGCUCAAGGUCGUGCGGGGAAAGUAUGACUGUGCCCAUGUACAGAAGAAGAAGUGAGCCCAGACUGGGCCAGGCAUGGAGCCAACUGGGCCUGCGCUUUCACGCGCAGCUUCCAGAAGCCUCUAGGGCUGUGGAUUGCAGUGAAGGAGGCAGAGCAAAGGAUCUCUCUCUGGGAGAAAACUCCCAUUCCUGGAGACUUGGCUUGGAGGGUGCCUGGAACUCUUCCAGCUGGAAUUUUUCAAGGCAUUUGGCUGCCUCUUCCUUCUUAUAUGUAUAGAUGGCAGAUGCAGCAUGCCAAGAGAAUGAGGAGGAUUCCAGGGCAUGGGGGGGGGAGGGGAGGUUUUGUGUUCCUAAAUAAAGAGUGCCAUGAUAACUUCCCUGCCUCAGACUUUUGGAGAGAUGGAUUCAAAGCCGCGUGCUCCUCUCAGAGUGCUGCAUUGCAGGGGGUUGGACCAGGUGCUGCCUUGGGUUCCUUCCAACUCUGCAAUUCUACACUCAAGCUUGCCCUGGCCUGUUUCAUACUCAGUCUCUCCUGUAGUUUCCCCAAAUAUUCUUUGAUCUUAUGACUGUCGGGGACAUUCCCAGAUAGCUUAAUUUGGUUGGAAUUAUUUUUUGGGAUAACCAGAAGGAAACUAGAUCAGCGCGGUUCAGCAUAGCUUCCCAUUGAUCUUUUGCUCCUUUGCAGUGGCAACUCUGGGCAAGGCCAGAGGCUUCCUGAGGUGGCGUGAAGUCUACCUUGGUUUCCUUUCUUCUAGGUCACAGCUAGAUGUCUCUCUCCACCACCACAGCAGAUGCAAGCUGCCUUCAUAUUCUGUGACUGUGUGUGUCAAUAAAGGGAAACACACCAAA